AUGUCGAACCUUACCUGGGUUAGCUACAAGCCCAUUAAUGACGUCGAGUCGCCUAACGGUUACCGCCCUGGAGGAUACCAUCCCGUUCGAAUCUGUGAUCAGCUUCAUGACAGAUACACAAUCAUCGACAAGCUGGGUUUCGGUUCGUAUGCAACAGUAUGGCUGGCAAUAGACCAUGUCACCGACUCCUAUGUGGAGACACUCCGAAAACUUCACGAACUAGGAUCCCAGGACCAGACAGCUCGUGGAAAGCUACUCAUCCCGCCCGUUUUGGACGACUUCACAGUGGCCGGACCGAACGGUCUUCAUCCAUGUUUGGUAACGGUUCCGGCAGGGAUCAGUGUAAGAGAUGCAAAGGACGACUGUCUGCAUCUGUAUGAGCGGGUGUUCCAGCCAUCCGUAGGUCGAGCCAUUAUCGCCCAACUGGUGCACGCCAUCGUUUUUCUGCACUCCAAUGGGGUCGUACAUGGUGAUCUACAUUAUGGGAAUAUACUGUUCCAGCUCCCCGAGAGCUUCCGCAACCUCACUUUAGAGCAGUACUACGAAAAGUACGGAUGCCCUUGGGAGGAACGAAUGGAACGAGUGGAACGCCGUAAUGGCCAGCCCCUUCCGGAGGGAGUCCCAUUCUACGCUGUGAUCCCUGCCCCAACCACAGUGGCCCUAGGUCAGGAGAUAUCUUUCUCAGAGGCUCAGAUCCUGCUCACGGAUUUCGGCGAAUCCUACAUGCCUCAAGUGGAAUCACGGUAUGCAUCCGGGACGCCGAAAUAUCUUCACCCCCCGGAGCUCUACUUUUCGACCGCCGAACCGCUAUCGUUUCCUGCUGAUAUCUGGGCGCUUGCCGUCGCCAUCUGGGGAACUGUUGGUGCGUAUGAACUAUUUAGUACACGGCGGGUCACGACGGACGAAUGGAUUCAAGAGCGUGUGGUAAUACUUGGACCCAUGCCGUCAGACUGGUGGCAGAAGUGGAGGACGCGAAUGAUCUGGUUCGAUGAAAGAGGAGCAAUGAGAGGCGAAAGCAAAUUCAAAGGGUGGGCGGAAUUGUUCGACUUCUGCAUUCAGAGGCCCAGGGAAGAGCUUGGCAUACCACUGGAAGAGGAUGAGAAAACCGCACUCGAGGAGCUGCUCAGAUCUAUGCUCGCUUGGAAGCCAGAAGAGGGGCCCACUGCAUUGCAGGUCCUCGAGUCGGAAUGGAUGAGGAAAUGGGCCCUACCCGACCUGGAAAGAAUGGAUGCGCAGCUGAGACAUUCUACGACUGAGGGGAAGGGAGUUGGAGAAGAGAAGCCUAAAAAGAUCAACUGGGAAACGUUCUGCUUUGAAAUGAUUGAGGCGCAGAUACAGUCUUUCGUUGAAGUCGAAGACUAG